AUGAAAUCCAACAUCCACCUCAUCGAGGACGUGGGAGCCGCAAUCCUCCUCUCAAAACUCCGCAACCAAUCCCUAAAUCCAUCAAUGGUCCGCCACUACGUUCGCGAAAUGACAGCAGCCCUCACGAGAUACGUGCUUCAAAGACCAGAGGAAGGCGAACGAGUUGCCGUCAUAAUCAUCCUACGUUCCGGUCUCUCGAUGGCUGAAGAGUUCAUGGAUGCGUUUGAGAAUACCGACGAUACUGUCGCGUUUCAUCUUGGGUUAUUCCGUGAGAAGGAAUCACUUCGCCCGAUUGAAUAUUAUAAUAAACUCCCUGCGAAGGAUCCUGAGAUCAAGAGGGCUUAUGUUCUUGAUCCUGUUGUUGCUACCGGUGGGACUGCGACUGCGGCGAUUGAUAUUUUGAAGGACUGGGGUGUUGAGCAUAUCACUUUCUUUUCCUUACUUGGUAGCAAGCAAGGACUAGAUCGCGUUUCGAAAGUAUGGCCAGAGGGUACGGAUAUCUUCAUUGGUGCUAUUGAUGAUGUACUUGAUGCAGAGGGAUAUGUGCAACCUGGUCUUGGUGAUAUUGGAGAUCGACUCUAUGGAACAAAUCGAGCUAGAUAA